AUGGCUCUUUUAUCCGCUCAUUGGACUCUUGUAUUUGGUAUUCUAGGUAACGUCGUCUCCUUUGCGGUGUUUCUUGCACCAAUAGCAACAUUCUACAAAGUUUACAAGAAGAAGGCAACUGAAGGGUUCCAGUCAGUUCCCUAUGUGGUUGCACUAUUCAGUGCCAUGCUCUGGAUCUACUACGCAUUGCUCAAAUCCAACACUCUCCUUCUCAUCACCAUCAACUCAGCUGGCUGUGUCCUUCAGACUAUCUACAUCUCUAUCUUCCUCAUUUACGCUCCUCCAAAAGCCAGGAUCCAGACCCUUAAACUUCUAGUUUCCAUCAACGUAGUAGGAUUCGGCCUGAUCGUUAUCUUAACUCAGUUUGCUGCAAAAGGAGCAGCAGACCGUGUAGCAAUCGUCGGUUGGAUUUGCCUCAUCUUUUCCGUAUGCGUAUUCGUUGCCCCCCUCUGCAUUAAUAGACAAGUUAUCCGAACAAAAAGCGUGGAGUACAUGCCAUUCCUUUUAUCCUUGUUUCUCACUUUAAGUGCUGUUAUGUGGUUCUUUUAUGGCCUCCUACUCAAAGACUACAACAUUGCUCUUCCAAACGUGCUGGGAUUUACAUUCGGGAUUCUUCAAAUGGUGUUGUACAUGGUCUAUAAAAACACGAAGAAAAAUGCAAUCGAACCCGAAAACCUUCCCGAGUUAGUUCAAGAUGAUCCGGUGAUUAUAAUCGAUGACAAGAAUCUUCCAGAGUUGAAAGCAAAGAUUGAGGAUGUGAUGAGGCUGAGCGCAUUAGUUUGUUCGGAGAUGAAUUCGAACGAGAAUGAGCUUGAUGUGAUUGAAAUUCAAGUUGUGGUGCCUAAAAAACAACUCAUUCCUCUCGCUUGA